AUGCUCCGGGACGUUGGAAUCCUUAGUCAGGCCAUGGACGGAGCCAGCAAAAUCCUUCGCCGCGGACUUGGCUUCCUUGAUCCAACUGAAAUCCGUUCCCCUCGACCCAGACCCGACUUUCAGAUGAGUUGGCGAUGCGAUGUUUCAAGUUUGACAGGCCGCCACACCAAAGGCUUGAAGAAUCAGGAUCUGGGGCACAAUGUCGUCGUCAUAUGGCCUUGGGCAAAAAGCUCCAAUAGCAGCUCCUGUGAAGCGCAUAGGCCCACAACUAUCAUAAGAUCUCCCCUCCACACGAGCCUUGGUGUUGCCGCAGUGUGCUUUGCUUAUCUGCAUCAAGACGCGGAUAUUUAUAAUUCCCCCAAAUUGAUGGCGAGCUAUUUAGUAUUAUUAACAAUAAAGCUUCGGGUUCCAUUAUUUCUCGGCAUUCUCAAUUUCCUGGAAUGUCCUCGACUUCCCUCAACAUGCCUUGGUCGUAAUCAUAAGCUGGUGGCUGGUGGUGUCCCCACAUUCCUUCCAUCGUGCCACUUCAUCAUUGUUGGAAGCGGGGAACGGAAACCGGCAGCGAAAAAGAAGAAAAUGGGAGCAGGCAAGGAUGUCAAGCAAGCCUUGAGUUCAGAUAAUCGAGGAACCAGGAAGGCUCCCUGGGGCUUGAGCCUUGCCCCUGCUAAUUGCAAGCUUGGACCCAAACCGGCCUGUUUAAUUAAGCGCCAGAGAUCUGGUGACGAGAGGGAGAAUCGAUGCACCGACAGUGACCUCGAGACGGAAGGUUUCCCAGAGCUCUGA